AAUUCUCUCUUGGAGGCAAACACUGAAGGAGAAUGUGUGUUUGCGUGUAAAAGCUGAACCACAUUUCCUGUUUGUAAGAAAGAAGGCGAAAAAAAAGACUGGAGGGAUUUGAGAUUAACAGCAACUCUAAAGACAGGUUCAUGCUGCCAGGCUCAAAACAAGAGUAUCCAACUUCUGCCAACGUAACUUGAUUUCCUUUUGGAUAAAGAAGAGGAGAGUAUUCCUGGAAGCAGCAGAACCAGCAGGAGCAAAUGCAUUGCCACCCUCCCUUGGCCAGCAACAUGGAAAAGUGCAUUCCUGUACUCCUUUAACUUGGCUUAGGAAGCAAACAAAAUGUGGGCUUCCCGAGGGAAUCCAGUUACAGGAAUGGACUGCCAUUUUUCUGUCUGGGGAGUUUUGGCCUUACUGAGUUUGGCUCUGCUUGUUUCAAUGACACUGAAUAUUGUACACUGUAUGAAAAAGAAGCAAGCUAAAAUGCUUAAAGACUAUGAAGAGAAUGACCCACGCUAUGAUGGCUAUCACACAGAAGAUUAUCCUGUUUACGGCAAUCUCAAUCAAGAUAUUUUAGAAGAAUGUUGUUACGAGCAGAUGAAGUCCCAGCCUCAAAGACCAGUUAACCCGCUACAGGUGGAGUCUGCCAGUCAAAUGUGCUAUGCAUCACUUGAUCACAGUGUCAAGGGAAAAUGCAGAAAACCAAGGAGAAAGAAUGAUCCUUCAUUAGAGGAAGAUGAAGAAGAAAGAUCAUCUAACCCCAUGGUGGCUUCCAAAGUUAGCAUUUACCUCAACAGUGAGCAGCUGGCUGCCAAAAACACAGUGAAAGUAGAAGCCAUUCACGAUGAUCCCAUCAGAUUAAUGGGCUUGAUUCAUAAUACAAAAGGGGAGGACUGAAUAUGCAAUGAACCAAAUAUGUAACCAUAAAGUGAGAUUUGCUUUUUUAUUCUGGAGGAUCAAUGAUUGCCCAGAGAAAAUAUUCUGGAAAGCUGACAUACUAAACAGUGGUAUGAAAUGGGUAAGUGUUCCAAACUGUCUGCCAAACAUAUUUAUAGACUAAGCAAGACAUAGGUCCAGACUGCUACUCAGAUGGAUCUGCCCUUCUGAAGACAAUUUGAAAGAGUUUCAGAAGCUGAUAGCUCAGCAUUCACAUGGUAGUGAUUCCAGUAUGAACUGAUCCUCUAUUAAACAAUUAUCACUUUCAAGCAGUCCUAAAAGACCCCGUUAUUGUCUAUAUAGCUCUAGCAGAGUACAACUAUUUAUUCCAUAUUAACUCCAAUACUUUUGAAAUGAGAUUGUGUUUCGUACUUGCACACUUGGUGAUUAGUUGUUUUAUCAAAUAAGAACUAAUCUGCUGUUCCACACUGUGAACGUCCUGACUGUGAUUGGUCUAUGGCAAUGAUUGGAGAAUAAUUUAACAGCUGAUUUAAAGCAGUAAUUGUACAUUUCGCAAGACUUAGCAGAAUCUUUGUGUAUCUUUAGUUUCCUCUAACCACACUAGAAUACAUCUCAAAUCUCAACUCCUCUACUAGUCUAAUAUUGUAUACACCUGUAUUCAAUGGUCCAUCUGUAUUUGCAUUCCUAUUGGGUUUUCCAUUGCCAUCCUUAACUGUUUUACAAAAACAACAAGAGCUUUUUAUUUCCCCAAACCCCUCACUUACUGUAUGCACAUUUAUUUGAAGACUAAACUCUUUUAAGUUUUAUAGAGUGGGUAUCUGUUUUAUAUUAUAUUUUGUAUUCUGGGAGUCAUUAAGUAGUUGCAGCAGGAAGCAAUAAAGCAAGUUGAUGUAAUGUGUUUGCCUCCAGGUGUCAGACACUUCUGCCUUCUCAAAAAACCAGGAUAUUGUGGCCUUUAAAAUCCACAAUCAGUGCCAAGGAAAACUCAGAAGCGCACAGAGCCCUAGAACUGUGUCAGGUCCUGAGAGAUAAACCUGGAAACAAAAGGCCCAUAGCACAGAGAGCCAACACCUUCUAACAGCAGAAAUGCAUGGACACAUCAAGGGAUGAGAUAAAUCUAUGGAAAAAAAAAACCCAACCAAACAAACAAACAAAAAAAAACCAGAAAAAAAAACCCCAAAACCCCAAACAAUGGUUAAAUUCUACCUGUCAUUUCAAUCUGGUAACUAAUUUAAUGGAAAUGAGGUACCCACUUCUCUCAAUGAGUGUACAUGUAACAUAAGGUUCACUUCACGGGAUUUAACUACAUUUAGUUUCCUUUCUGUUCUCGGUCUUCGUUGUUUAGUCCAGCUAUGUUUAUGCUAAUUUUCAUCAGGUGCUUUCCCUUGUAACAUAGUUUGUUCAAGGAGCAUUUUUGUAAAUAUUGUCCAUAUAUAUCUAUAUGCAUUUCCUUUUCACAUUUAAUCAUUGCCACCAAUAAAUUAUUGAUUAUGGCUCUCAGGAUGAUCUUUAAUAGCCUAUCAACUAUUUCCAAGGCAUUUGUAAUGCUGCCACAUUACAAUUUCGCUUUAUUCUUUUGGCUCUUUACCCUCCAUCUGCUUAAAUAAGCAAUCAAACAACCUAUUUUUUUUUAAACAAGUUUUGGGGUAGUUUUCAAAUGACUACUGAAUCCUUACAUAAAAAAGCAUGUUCAAUAUUGUUCCAUCUUCAAGACAUUAGAGAAAGACUACAUAAACUAUGAUAUACUAGUUAAAUUCUUUACAUAUAGAGCAAGUUUGAACUAAUUACAACGUAAGAAGAGGGGCUAGGUUCUAGGUUUACACUGUCUCAGUAACCUCAUCUGUUUUUCCACAGUUCCUUAAAAUUUUUUUUUAUAGCAAAGAGAAGCAGUGUAAAGGUUUUUUUUAUUAACAGCAAGCUUAGCAUUCAAGUACCAGUUCAAUGUAACAGUAAAGAAUGAGUAAAAAAGAGGAAAUAUGGUGGAAAAAGCAAUACCGUUUGGAAGGGAAGAAUGGAACUCAAAACACAAGAGAUCAGGUAGCACACUGACAUCUUUAUCAGUUGAGGCAGAUGUAUUCCAGCAGUAAUUAUAGCAUUUGAUAAUCGCUGCAGAUGUACCUGGCUAAACAUACCUGGUCUAGCAGUUAGUAUCAUUAGGAGAAACAACAGAUUUUUGCUUGUAUUGUACUUCUAAGAGUCUGCUGGCUCACAUGGUGUAGGAGGAUCAACUCUAAAAAUAGAAACUUUCUCCCUUUUUUGCUACUGCUAGCACCUAAACCAUGGCAUUGGUAUGAUCUUCCAACACUUAAAAGGUUUUCCAAGAAUAACGUCGUUAAAUUAUUUCAAAGUAAUCUUCACAAAGACAAUUUUGCUAUGUUGAAUAAACCAACUUAACUUCC